AUGGAAGUUUCUGCCACCAAGACGGAGGACCCCGAUCGGAGCAUCGCAGCCGAGAGCGGACAGGUGGACUUCGCUGAAGAGCUCCUCCAACAGGUUCUCUUCCUGGAGUGGUACGGCAGCAUCAUCUUGAAAAUCUCCAGCAAACUGGUGGGGGAGAUCGUGGGUAAGAACGGAGUGGUCAUUCAGUCCAUCAAAUCAGCUCGAGAGGUGGACAUCCAGUUCAGCGAGCCGGCGAAGGGCGGCUGGGUAACGAGCCAGAUUUCGGGCAAGAAAGAGGACUGCACUGCCGCCUGUGCUGAAGUUAUUCAGCGCCUUCGGGGCUACGAGCUGGUCUCCCUGCAAAUCAGCUCCAGCCUGGCUGGCCUGGUCAUCGGCAAGGGUGGCGCCAAUAUCAAGGCCUUCAAGUGCGGCCUCCAGAUUCGCGAAGACACACAGAACAACCCCUGGAUCAUCAGUGGUCCUAAGGAUGAUGUAAAGGAGUUUCUACGGCGGCUGCAGAACAGGUUCAGCGUGCCAGUGUUGGGAGGCCUUGACACUUACAGAUUCGCUUGCCCGGGCUGUGGGGAGGACUUUCCAGACGAGAAGUGUCUUCUCAAGCACGUUCGUCAGCGUGCUUGCACUGCUUGCAGCUGUGCCGGGGAAUGCGGAGCAUACUAUGCGGACAAGGCCAGCUGCCAGGAGCACGAAGCGCGGUGUCCCUUCGUGAAAAGAUGCCCCGGCUGCCAUGCGGCCUUCCACACAGAGGCAGAACUCGCGAAGCACAUCUCGGCGAAAGCCUGCAGAGCAAGAUCAUGCCGCGGCUGCGGCAUGAUCUUCACUGACAUCCCUGCAGCCGAGCUUCAUCAGCAGAGCUGCGACCUCUACGCAGAGAAGAUGCGAGAUGAGGAGGUCCGCCGGCAUAUCUUGCAGCUGAAGGAGACUUUGUGCAGCGCGUGCCGUUUCGGAGAGCAGAAAGGUUCCAGCUGCUCCACGUGCAAGGCCCUGCUGCGCCGAGCUCAACUGAAGUGGCAUCCAGAUAAAAAUCCCGACGACGAGAUCAUAGCGACGAUUGUGUUUCGGUUCGUCCAGGCAGUUUGGGAUGGUGGCCCACAGUGGUUUCCGGCAACUGACACCUCGGACGAUACGUUCCAGGCAGCAUCCAAGGAUGCAACGAAACCAGCACGCAGCGAGGAGACUUCGCAGGCCUUCCGGCCAGCCCAUCGUACUGAGUGCAUAGUGCAGUAA